UGUAAAAGUCAAGAGUAGCUCAUUUUCCAUCUGUCACGAGCCAGAGAAACAGAAUAAAAGCCAAAACCUUCAAUCCCUCCAUGGCCGACAAUUCACACUCCAAAUCUUCAACUUAGAUGUUCACCAUUUUUUCUUCUCCUUCUUUCUCAAUCCACAUUUCCGCCGCCGGUAACUUUUCCGAUGGAUCCGUGUCCGUUUGUCCGGCUAAUGGUAGAGUCACUCGCUCUCAACCUUCCUCAGGCCACCCGACCAGCCGGCGCCGCCGUGCACCCAUCGGCGACGCCCUGCUUCUGUAAGAUCGCGAUCAAGAAUUUCCCUUCCCAGACGGCGCUUCUUCCUCUUUCCUCUGUUUCCGGCGAUUCUCCGCCGGACUCCGCCGCCUCGUCCGCCGGAUUUCAUCUUGACCCGUCGUCUCUCCGACGGAUUUCCGGUAAUCCUGUCGUGAUGUGUUUGUCGGUUUUCGCCGGUCGGAUGGGCCACACGUGUGGGGUUAAUUCUGGCAAGUUGCUGGGCCGGGUUCGGAUCACCGUCUCUAUCGACGGCGCUGAGAAUAAACCGAGAGUGUUUCAGAAUGGGUGGGUGAAAUUGGGGAAAGAUGAUGAUAAAAUCUCGGCUCGGCUUCAUUUGGUUGUCCGGUCUGAACCGGAUCCCCGGUUUGUGUUCCAGUUCGGUGGCGAACCGGAAUGUAGCCCGGUUGUUUUCCAGAUCCAAGGCAAUAUCCGACAGCCGGUUUUCAGCUGCAAGUUCAGUGCCGAUCGGAACUCGAGAACCCGGUCACUGCCAUCAGAUUUCAGCUUCAAUAGCACCAAAGGGAAAUGGAUGAGAACUUUUUCAGGUGAGAGAGAGAAGCCAGGAAGAGAAAGAAAGGGUUGGAUGAUCAUGGUUUACGACCUCUCCGGCUCCCCUGUCGCUGCCGCCUCCAUGAUCACGCCGUUCGUCCCUUCCCCAGGCACCGACCGUGUCUCCCGCUCCAACCCCGGCGCAUGGCUCAUCCUCCGCCCCCAUGGUUUCUCCGUAAGCAGUUGGAAGCCAUGGGGCCGCCUCGAGGCAUGGCGUGAACGGGGACCAAUAGAUGGCCUCGGUUACAAGUUCGAGCUUGUCGCUGACACAGGACUAGCCACCGGUAUUCCUAUCGCCGAAGCCACUAUGAGCGUAAAGAAAGGUGGCCAAUUUUGCAUCGACCGUAAAACCGUUAGAGAUUUCAGUCUAAACUCGAAAUCCCCUAUGAAAGGUAAUUUUGUAAUGGCUUCGAGUGUGGAGGGAGAAGGGAAGGUAAGCAAGCCCGUCGUACAAGUCGGAGUUCAACACGUGACGUGCAUGGCGGAUGCUGCUUUAUUUGUGGCACUUUCGGCAGCCAUUGAUCUAAGCAUGGAUGCUUGUAGACAUUUUACACAAAAGCUAAGGAGGGAGCUUUGUCACGAUGAACACGAUUCUAGUUUUCUCUAAAAUUUUAUCAAAUUUUUCGACAAAAGAAUCAUUCGAUCUAUUUUUUCUUUGCAAUGAUAACCCAGUUAUCAUCUAAACUACAACCGGAUUUGAGCAGAGAAACGGUAUAUUUAUGUAAUUUUCAAUUCCUUUUUCUGUUUUUUUCUUCUUCUCAUCCUUAAUUUUAUUUUCUUCAUUGAUUCUU